AUGUACCCCUACCGCACUCGGAAGGCUGCUAUUCUCAGCGCCUCGAAUCAACAGGCGCGACAAGAUUCGGCGCCCGCCCACAGGGCCAAGGUCGUCCAAGACCCACUGGACUAUAACUUGUGGUCCUACCUUGAGAGCAAGGCCUGUGCCACUCCCCACCCCAAUUUGGAUUCUCUGAAGGCAGCGCACAUCAAAAAUGGGACGAAAUCGACGACGCACUCCUGCGUCCGGUCAUCGACGCUUUUCCCAAUCGACUCCGCGCUGUCCUCAGUGCCAAAGGUGGCCGUAUCGAGAAGUAACUUGUGA